AAUGCUGUUGUUGUAAACCAGCAACUCUUGUUGAAAGCUGUCCUUUUGCUAAUCAACAAACUUCUGUGUUUCAGUUUCUCUCUACAUCAAUCAAUAUUAUCUCUGAAAAUGUCGGAUGCCCUUGUUUCCGCUAUCUUGCAGCAGCUAACAACAAUCAUUUAUGAAGAAGCAAAACAAGAGGUGAAACUGGUGACUGGUGUGGGGAAAGAAAUCAAGAGGCUCGAAAACAAUCUCGAGUCCAUCCAAGCUUUGCUUGAUGAUGCUGAGGAAAGGCAGAUGAAGGAGAAAAACAUCACGAUUUGGUUAGGAAGACUCAAAGAAGUAUGUUAUGACAUGGAGGACGUGUUGGAUGAGUGGAACACUGCGCUCUUGAAGUUGCAAGUAGGUGAAGCAGAUCAGAAAAACUUCUCUCUUUUCAAAGGAAAGGUAUGUCGUCCCUUCUUCUCAUGUUUUCGUUGUGGUCAAGUUGUUCAACGCCAUGACAUUGCUCUUAAAAUAAAGGACAUCAAUGAAAGAUUAGAUGAGAUUGCUAAGGGUAAAGAUAGGUAUCAAUUGACUGCAAGGGAUGUUAGACAGCCUAUAAGAGCAGAAAGUACAUCUUUUACUGAGGUGUCAAAGUUGCAAGGUCGAGAUGAGGUUAAGAAAAACUUAAUAGACAGUUUGUUGUGUGGUAACAGUGAUGAAAUAGAGAGUGAUGUGAAAAUGAUCUCGAUUGUAGGCAUGGGAGGGAUUGGGAAAACAGCUCUUGCUCAACUUGUAUAUAAUGAUGAGGCAGUUGUGGCCCAUUUUGAUAAGAAAAUAUGGGUUUGCGUCUCGGAAGUCUUUGAUCGGAGCAGAAUUGCGAAAGCAAUUAUUAUGGGUCUUGCAGAGCCUGAUCAUGCUUCAGCUCGAAAUCUUGAUUCGCUUACAUUGCAAAUUCUUCUGGAAAGAAUUCGCGAAAAUAUUAAGGGGAAGAAGGUUCUUCUUGUUCUGGAUGAUGUGUGGACCGAUGACAGUGAAUCUUGGGAAUCAUUUAAUCAAGCUUUCAAACCUGCUGCACCUGGAAGUAGGGUUUUGGUGACUACACGAAAGGAUACAGUUGUGAAGACCAUGAAAUCCUCCCCUGAUGUCUUUCCUCUAGAGCAAUUGAGUGAAGAUGUAUGUUGGAAAAUACUUUGCCAGGAAGCGUUUGUGGGAAGGGGUGAUGAGCAAUGUAAAAAUUUAGAGGGCAUCGGAAAAAAUAUUGCAAAAAAAUGUAGUGGAUUGCCAUUGGCUGCAAAAACUCUCGGAAGCAUGCUGCGUUCCAAGAAAACAAGAGAAGAGUGGACAAAUAUCUUGAACAGUGAGAUGUGGGAAUUAGAUUUGGAAGCUGUUUUUGCUCCUCUGUUGUUGAGUUAUUUUGAUUUACCCUCGGCUGUAAGACGGUGCUUUUUGUAUUGCUCUACCUUUCGUAAAGGUGUUGAGAUCGAAAGAGAUGACCUGAUUUAUCAGUGGAUGGCACAAGGUUAUUUAAAUUCUAGUCAGAAUCGUGGGUUGGAAAUUACUGGGGUUGAGUACUUUGAGUGCUUGGCGGCACGGUCUUUCUUUCAAGAUCUUGAAACACAUGAAGAUGGUAGCAUAAGGGCAUGUAAGAUUCAUGACAUAGUACUUGACUUUGCUCGUUUCCUUAUGGGAAAUGAAUUUGUGGUGAAAGAGGUUCAUCCUCAUGACGAAAAUAGUGGAAUAGAGCUUUUUCCAGAGAAAACUCACCAUCUGUUGUUAGUACUGGCGGAAAAUGCAUGCUUUCCUACUCCACUUGUUGGUGCAGAAAAAUUGCGGAGCUUAUCCAUCUUCAAGAGUGAUUAUUCAGAAGAAGAUGAAACCAGUAAUGAUCAUUCAGAAGAAGAUGAAACCGGUAAUGAUCAUUCAGAAGAAGAUGAAACCGGUAAUGAUCAUUCAAAAGAAGAUGAAACCCGUAAUGAUCAUGCAGAAGAAGAUGAAAUCGGUAACUUACUUAUUCAAUUAAAACAUCUGCGUUCAUUGAUUUUCUGUGGUGGUAAUAUUAAUGGAUUUCCUGAAGAAGUAGGAAAAUUGAUGCAUCUGAAACUGCUUGAUUUGUCUGAUAGUAAGUUAAAAAGAUUGCCUGAAGCAAUAUGCGGAUUACUUAAUUUGCAAUCCUUGUUUCUACGAUGUUGUUAUUCUCUGGAGGCCUUGCCGGAUAAGAUAGAGAAAUUGGUCAACUUAAGGCAUCUUGACACAUGUGGUUCCGGUUGUUCAACUUAUUAUCCCAAGGGAAUUGGGAGAUUAACUUCUCUUAGAACGUUGCUGGGGAUUGUGGUUAGCUGUGAUCACAAUGAUGAUAAAAAAUUCAGCUUGGGAGAUUUGGAGAACUUGUGCCAACUUCGUUCUCUAGCAUUGGUAGUUCGAGCUCCUCAGAUUGAUGCUAAUGAAGCCAGACGUGCGAAGUUGCGAAGUAAGAUACAUCUCAAGCAUAUAGAGUUAGCAGGUCCAUGGUCCUCCGACGAAACGAAAACAGAUAAUGUUAGCAAAGUCUUGAACGCACCUUCGCAAACAAACGUGAUAACUGAUUGGGAGCGUCCGGAAUUUUUUCGUCAUGUCGGGGCACAUGCUCUAGCAAUCCGUGAAGCAUAUCUCUUUAGGAUAGGCAGAGACCAGAGAGGGAGGUUCUUCUGGUGAUGAGGGAGGCACUUCUGUCGGUGAAGCCGUCUAAAAUAUUGUGUGUUUUUUCCUUUUUUUCCUUCCUAAACAAAGAAGAAGUCUUGUGUGUUCUACGACUGCUGGUCAAAUUAUCCUCAUUGUAUGUAUUUUCCAUGUCUCUUUGGUGGAUUAGUGAACAAUUCAAAACGUAUAAUCUUGUCAUUGAUACUUUAUGAUCAAAUUCUUCUAAUUUCUUCCUUUGAAAAACCUGUUGUUGAUAAAUAAAACAUAUAUGACAAACAUGUUCUGCUUUUGUUUCCAUCACUGUACAAAUGCGUUUCUACUUUCUACAAUUUAGAAAGUCCUAUAAAAAUCUUCAGGCUUA